AGCGCACCCUCCGCCGAGAACUCCCGCAAAGGCAAAGCAACCUUUGCUCCGAAUUGCUUCACGAACUCCACUCCUUUCCAACGCAUCCAAAUCGCGAAAAAUGGCUGCUCCUGCGAAAAGCGCCGCCCUCAAGCUCGACUGGACCAAGGUCAUCUCGUCGCUCGGCCUCCGCGGCCAGACGGUUGCCUCCCUCCAGGCCUUCAAGCAGCGCAACGAGAAUGCCCGCCGCAAGGUCCAGCUCCUGAGCGAGCAGCCCACCACCGUCGACUUUGCCCACUACCGCUCGAUCCUCAAGAACACCGCCAUCGUCGACGAGAUUGAGAAGCGCUUCAAGGAGUUCCAGCCCGCGACCUACGAUGUCUCUCGCCAGCUCAAGGCUAUUGAUGCUUUCGAGGUGCAGGCUAUCAAGAACGCCGAGGAGACCAAGAACAAGGUCGACCUUGAACUGAAGGACCUUGAGGCCACCCUCAAGAACAUUGAGACUGCCAGGCCUUUCGACGAGCUCACCGUUGACGAGGUUGCUGCUGCGGAGCCCUCCAUCGACGAGAAGACCGCCAAGCUCGUUUCCAAGGGCCGCUGGAACGUUCCCGGCUACAAGGAAAAAUUCGGCGAUCUUUCCGUACUAUAGAAAGCGAUGUGACCUCAGAACCAGAAGACACGACGUCGUCCUUUCCCAUGUGUACUCUAGCAUUGUAGAUAACAAAUUUGAGAGCAAGGUGGUUGGCGGAAUGGAGACGUACGGUAAUACAUCUGGAUGCAACCAAUUCAUGCCGAUUCGUGUCCGCUUGCACUGGGGCGCACCAAACCCAGCCGAACUUGCGUGCCGUCCCUGCUGUACUACCCGAGACGCCUGCCGUAGACCGCAACUUGUGGUUACAGGUGCUUGACACCGGACAGCUUGCGGCCCGGUGACGCUACCAGCGGAGAUGCAUAAGCGGCUGAACGUGCUUGCGAUGGUCUUGCGCAAAAGAGCCCUGGAGGUCUCUGCGCACGAGGGACGCACAUUGUGCGUUUCGGCUUCGACCACGGCAUGCACGACGAGGGAAGGAGGUGUUCUUGUUCGCUGAGGUUCAACACAGAAGGUUACACGCAUGAUGCAUCGUCUUGGGGAGGUGUCGUCGGC